CCAACAGGUUUUCACGACACCUUACAGAAGAAACGCUUUACGGCAGCAGAAAUGGCUUCUCACUUUAGUGGGGUACUGCAGUUGACAGAUCUCGAUGAUUUCAUCACUCCAUCUCAGGAAUGCGUUAAACCUGUCAAAGUAGAGAAGAAACAAGGAAAGUCUGUGGCCAAAAUUCAAAUAGAGGACGAUGGCAGUUAUGUCCAAGUUAACCAGGAUGGUGGGAGGCAGAAGCUGGAGAAAGCAAAGAUCACCCUGAAUGACUGUUUGGCCUGUAGUGGUUGCAUCACUUCAGCUGAAAGUGUCCUUAUCACACAGCAGAGCCAUGAGGAGCUUUUCAAAGUACUACGCAGAAACAAGGCCAGUGAAACAGAGCAUAAGGUGGUAGUGGUGUCAGUGUCACCACAGUCCAGAGCGUCACUUGCAGCAUAUUAUGACCUCAGCAGCAGUGAGACCGGCAGGAGGCUUACUUCUUUCUUCAAAGGCCUUGGGGUACAUCAUGUGUUUGACACUAGCUUUAGUCGGACAUUCAGUCUACUGGAGAGCCAGAAAGAGUUUGUGGAACGUUUCCAGAGAAGGGAACAAGACAGCAAGGCCCUACCCAUGCUGACAUCUGCCUGCCCAGGUUGGAUCUGCUAUGCAGAAAAGACCCAUGGGGAGUUUAUUCUUCCAUACAUUAGCACUACUCGUUCUCCUCAGCAGAUGAUGGGAUCUUUGGUUAAAGAUUUUUUUGCUGGACAACAGGGGCUGAGUCCACAGCAGAUCUAUCAUGUGGCUGUUAUGCCCUGCUUUGACAAGAAACUUGAGGCCUCAAGGUCAGACUUCCACAUGAACAAAGCAGAGACUCGUGAAGUAGACUGUGUGAUCACUUCAGGAGAGGUUCUGAAAAUGCUGGAGGAGGAAAAUGUAUCUCUUAAUGAUGUGAAGCCUGCACCCCUUGAUACAAUGUUCAGCAGUGUGCAUGGGGAUGACUUUUUGAGACAUUCUGGGAGUGGUUCAGGAGGUUACCUCCAUCAUGUUUUCAUCAAUGCUGCUAAGCAGUUGUUUGGAGAGGAGGUGAAGGAGCUCACCUAUAAGACCCUCAGAAAUAAAGACUUCCAGGAGGUGACUUUAGAGAAAGAUGGUGUAGUCCUUCUGUGUUUUGCUUCAGCGUAUGGGUUCCGUAACAUACAGAAUCUGGUACAGAAACUCAAGAGGGGAAAGUCACCUUACCACUUUGUGGAAGUUAUGGCCUGUCCCUCAGGAUGUCUGAACGGUGGUGGACAGGUGAAGCCUUUACCUGGACAGAACCCAAAGGAGCUUCUCCAGAAGGUUGAUGAGCUCUACAGGGCAGACAGCCCCUCAGUGCCCGAAGAGGACACACAUGUGGCAGAACUGUACCAGUCCUGGCUGCAGAGUGUAGGCAGCGAGAGAGCCAAAGAACUGCUGCACACACAGUAUCACACAGUGGAGAAGAUGACCAACGGACUCACCAUGAAGUGGUGACGAUUGUUGUCACAGCUAGUAUCCAGAUGACUGCAGGUUUUAGAGUGUUUUGCCAAAUACUGACCCUAAACCGUCCAAAUAUGUGACUUUUUUUUAAUUUUUCUUCAAAGAGAAGUGUUAUGUGGGCAAAGAAAAAUACAUUGUUUGAUUAACAGCCUUUACUCUGCCCUUCCCUGUAUACUGAAAUCUGAAUGUCUGAUGUGACAAGACCAGAUUUAAGAUUAAGUAGACACAAUUCUAAAUCAGCACCAAAUCAUAUGCAGUAUUUUAUGAUGGCCCUUUUAAAUGUAGGAAAUAGUUAAUACAUUUACAAGUGUGGCACCUGUUACGUUUGACACUGGAGUAAUACAAAUGUAAUAUUUGUAAAAUGUCAAAAUAUAAUCAUUCCAUAUUUAUGUAAUCCAUGAUUAUAUAUUUUGAAAAAUAAACACAUUAUUUAAUUGUA